GGGCAGGGUGAGGGUGUGUGCGGUGGUGCUCGCUGCCGCCAGUGCCGUCUCCACCACGCGGGUUGCCACCUCAUAUCAGUGUCUCCGGCCGUGACUUGUGUGACCUGUGGUACCUGUGUGACCUAGGCCUUCCGUCUCACACAAGGGUCUUCGAGGCUUUUAUUGGCGACACCCUACCGAGAUCAUUAGUGUUGGAAAAUCGCAGAUAAAAGACAAUGUGUAGAAACAAUUAGUGUGAGAUUAGCUGUUUUACGCUUGAAGAAAUGUCUGUUUUAACUCAUUGUGCUCUGAAAAAUAUAAAAACAUAAUGACAGUUUUUAUAUAAGAAAAUAUAAGCUGAAUAAGAGAUGGUACUCAUGAAAAUGUCCUGGAGAGAAAGAAGUGUUACUCUAUAGUACAUCGUAAUGAAACACAACUCGAAAGAAAGAACAAGGUGAGAAACCAUAACAAAUCGUCAGGAGGACGAUAAACAAAAGACGAUCGCAGUGACGUGACCGAAAGAGACAAGUACCCGUCAAGAUGAAGGAGGAAGGAGGGCAGUGAAACCAAAAAUAAAUCCCGGGGAAAAGAAAAAGAAAAAGAAAACAAAACACGAUCGCACUGACGUGAGGAGAGAAACCAUUGCACGUCAAGAUGCGGGAGGAGGAAGGACAAUGUGGGAACUGUGGCUACUACCUCAAGAAUAUCGUCAAAUUCCUGAUCAGUCAUAUAGGCUUGGUGUCCCUGGUGAUAGGCUACACCAUCGUAGGAGCCUUCACCUUCGAGUGGCUUGAGGCUAAACAUGAACUGGAGGUGAAGGCGAACAUGUCCUCCGUCAGAAAAAAGGUGAGGGACGAUCUGUGGAACGUGACCGAACGCAUGCUCGUCCUCAACGAGACCGAGUGGUCUAACUCGGUCCGUCAGCACCUGGUCGACUUCGAGAAGUCCCUCAUCGAGGCCAUCAAGAAAGACGGUUGGGACGGAGACGAGAGUGCCAAGACCCAGCAGUGGACCUUUGCCGGAGCACUCUUCUACUCCAUCAUCCUCAUCACCACCAUCGGUUAUGGCCACAUUGCGCCUAAGACAGACUGGGGUAAAGUGGUGACUAUUUUCUACGCCAUCCCGGGAGUGCCGCUCAUGAUGCUGUGUCUGGCCAACAUCGGCGAUGGCAUGGCCCACUCCUUCAGGUUCCUUUAUUGGAAGGUCUGCUGCUAUGCCUGCACAAAAAGGCCCAAGAAAAAGAGACGGGGCAGGUCCGUACGCAGCUCCAGAAGGUAUCCGAGCCAGUCUGGAGGCAGCACCCGGACCCGCACCUCAUCCUUCAGGAGAUCCAACAGAGCCUCUGAGAAGUCAGCAGACUCACACCUCAGUGACUCAGCCUUCUACACUUCCUCCUACUCUGAUCCUGAGUACAAGAUGGACGAUGACAUGGUGGAGGCGGACAUGCGGGGACUACAGAGUAACAGACCAUCAGAACACAGCCACCACACCAGAUCCUCACAGAACUCCAAGGGCUCAGACCAUCUCACGCCACCACCCAAAGAGGAUGAAGGACGAGUAGCGGUUCUUUUCAACAAGUACGCCCUGGAGAAAGAAGGCAUCACUCCCGAGGAUGGACACAGAGCCUCAGGGCGAGACCAGGACCGCGAAGUGGAGAUGAGAUCUGACGGAAGGGAAGGAAGCCGAAAAAGCAGACGAGACGAGGAAGCUGACCUGCCCGUAACCCACCAACCCAGGAGUCCACGUGUGGGCCCAAACCCUGGCUACUCCGACUCUCCCACGAUGCCUAGAUCACCUCGCACCUCAGAAAGAUACUCCCGCCACUUACCUCCCCCAUCUGAUCCUAGAAGUCGUCUCUCCCGUCUAGAUGAAGAGUACUACUACGAUGACUACGAUGAUAGAUACGACGAUGACGAUGACGAUGAAGAUCUUAUUGGAGACAAACCUGUUCCUAUCUGGCUGGGCGUGAUGCUGGUGGUAGCCUACAUCUUUGGUGGUGCGUUCCUCUUUGCCAGCUGGGAGGACUGGGGUUUCUUAGACUCCGUAUACUUCUGCUUCAUCACUCUUACAACAAUAGGCUUUGGUGACUUUGUUCCUGCGCAGGGAGUGAAGGAAAAUGUGAAACUGAGCAUAGCCUUGUGUUCCAUCUACCUCCUGUUUGGUAUUGCUCUGUUGGCCAUGAGCUUCAACCUAGUGCAAGAAGAAGUCAUCAGCAACGUCAAGAACAUGGCUAAAAGACUCGGGAUCCUGAAGGAUGAGGAGGGAGAAGAUGAAGUGGAAUGAAGACAAAGCUCGGCUGCAGUUGUGUAGUCACUUAGGGUGGAGGUAGACUAUACUGUAGAUGUUCAUCAUGCUACACAGAGCAUAAUUUAGAUAUUAGAAGUAUGAAGGAUUUUAUAAUUAAUCAUCAGUAUUUGAGGAUGAAGUGUGGGUAUCUACUUAAGCUUAGAUCCUUACGUAUAGGAUGAAAGGACAGCUGAAGUGCCCAGGCCUUGAGAAAUAUACAAAUGUAAGUAGCACUGUAAAAUUCAGGUCAUGAUGGAAACAGAUUAUGACUAAUUCGUCGUAGAAGGUAUGUUGUUGAGUCGUUAUAUACGGAUAAGACAUUAUAACUUGCAUCAGACUUAUUUUGAGUGAAAAAUGCAGUCAUUAAACCUCACAGACAGAAACAGAGUAAUGAGGUGAAUAUAGAUGUUAAACUACAAAAACUUAAUUUUACCAAUGUUAAAUCAUCCAACUUAAUUACUUAGCACACAGUGUAUAUGAAGGUGAAUGCAAUGUAUAAAGCAAAUAUUUUUUAAAGAAAAAUAUAAAUAUAUUGGAAUAAUUUGCAUUUUGCUUCGGGACUGGCUGGGGGUGUAAUGUUAAGUGGCGUUCCACAAGAGACUAUAUUAGGUCUGAUCUUAUUCAUCGUAAACAAUAAUAUUUUACCCAAUUUUGACUUAAGAAGUGCACCUCCUUGUUGAUGAUACGAAGAUGUUCCAAGAUAUUGCCUGAUCAAGACCAAAUACAGAUUGAAAGGUUCUAGAUAACAUCUGUAAAUAGUACAAGAUAGUACAUGGUUGAUUUGCUUUUAUCUAGGCAAAUGGAAAAUUAUGUUUAUUUGAACGAUAAAAGAAAUCACGGAGCAUAUUGUUUAAAUGGAAAAAAUUAGCCAAUUGAGUUGAAGAAGACAGGUAAAGAAAAGUAUCUAGAUGUGGUGAUGAACAUGAAAACAAGGCGAACCUGAUGAUGAAGCCAGAUCCUGCGAACAUUCAGUUACUUGGAUACUGUUUAAAAGACCUUCGAUAGUUGUGCAAUGCCCUGGUGCACCCACAUAUAAAAUAAACUAAUGCAGUAUGGCAUCCCUAAAUGAUGAAAGAAAUUCAUACAGUUGAAAGUGUUCAAAGACAGACAAAUAUAUUCAUAACACUGCUGAAGAACUUCGGUUAUGAAUAUCGUCUGAGAAAGCUGAAGAUUCCAUCAAUGGUGUACACUGUACACCGUGAUACAGUGCUUGUAUGAUGGUGAUGUUGAUGCAAGGAUUAAACCAUAAAGUGUAAUCCCCAGCCAGUGCCAGAGGUCACAGCUUUAAGAUGUUUAGGAUAUUUCAACAAAUCAAGUCGGGACAGAACAACUUCUCACUGCGGUUGGUUGAAUAAGCACUGGAUGAAUCAAGAUAUUAUAUAUAAUUAUAUGCAAUUCCAGAUCCACUAGCUUUCUUGUUUCAGUACCAAUUAGUGUUAUACAGCGGAUGAGGAUGAUCUGGACAUACAGGUAUGAAGCCUUGUCCAGAAUGCAUCUCGGUGACCUAAGCAAGAAAAUCUGUGAACUUCAAUUUGUUUUAACACAUAAGCAAUAUUUUCUAUCAAUAUCUGUAUUGUAUAUUGAUUUUCCCAAACUUAAUAUUCGAUAAUACACACAGCAGCUUGUUCAUUCAUUUAAUUUACUAUCUCUCUGUCACCGAGUGUCAGGACCCUUGCUCAAAACACUCACUCAAGGUUCUACUUUAAAUAAUUUGAUAAAGAAAUGAAUAAUUGCCGAAAUAUAAUAAUAAAAAAGAUAAGAAAAACUUACUGGGAAAAAGUAUGAAGAUUUCUUCAAUUCAUGUAGUACUGUACAGUAUUGUACUGCAAUGAGUAAGGAGCUAACCAGUGUACCACAAUGUACAAUAAUAGUACUUUCACCACUGUUUGUCUUCCCAGUAAGUACAGGUAUAAUACUAUGCUAAUAUCAUAAAGCUAAAAAAAAUACGUAAUUUAAUAUAUUUUUUUAAAGUGUCAAAUUUCUAACCAAACGAAUAUAUAACAUAAAUGGACUUGUUCAUCAUCAACACUAUUGACCUGCAGGCAUCCAACAUUACUGUUGUUAGAUGAAAUAUUCAUCAGAAGAGCUGAGGAUAAACAGCACCUGUAGGAUAUUCUUGAAACAAAAUAUAUGGAUAAUUAAUUACCUUUCUAGUGUAUUAGAAGUGCUUGUUGUCUCCAGUGAACUAGUCAGUGCAUCCCUGCUGAAUAACCCUGACUGCUCACUUGGCACAUAAAUAUUCAUUCCAUCGUGUUUUCAUCAGAGUCGAGGUCCAUCACCCACUUCACCCUCUGAAUAUGGCAAUUAAAUUAAGCAAUAACUUAACAAUAAUCCAAAAUGCAAAUUGCCAGGGCACAAAUUUAUUUCUUCUCUUAACUUUCAUGUUAAUGACUCCUGGAGGUUCAUCACAGUUUGUAGAAGUACUGUAUAUCAAGGAGUAGAUCACACUUUUGUAGAGUUUCUGUACGAAAGCAACACACUCCAUUAUUUGUUAAAUAGUUUUGUAUGUAAGUCCUCAUUUCACUCUUGACAACGGUUAUGUGUAUAACGGUUUAAUAUACAUUUCUCACUUAUAUCGCAGUUUUCCAGACAGUUUUUUAAUGUUACUGUAUUUAUAUUUAAUUUUGUGUGUUUAUUUUGAUUAUACUACAGAAUGUAAGACUAUGAUUGUAGUCUGAGACUAACACCGUUCCAGCAGCCUCAGAUGAGGUCCAUGUUUUAAUAAACCACCGUGAAUUAGCACCAGGAUGAUAGUCUUGUCAAAGUUCAAAGAUCAAAAAUGUCAACAGAUUUCAUCAGUGAUUAUACAGUAUACUUCAUUUUUAGUCCAUAUAACACGCGGACUUUGAACAUAUAAUCAACGACCUCACCAGCAAGCAAUCGAACCCUCGACCUACUGGGUGGGACUAGGGA